CUCUCUCUCUCUCCUCCCCCCUUCCCAGACCAUAAUAAACCCUUUCAUUAUUUCUCCUCUUCUUAUUAGUCAUAAAUUUUUCCAUCAUAUUUCAGAAUCACCUUUUUCUGACUUAUUGAUUAAAUCCACAUUAGACCCUUUUUACAGUUCUGGACUUCCCCUGGGGUUCGGUUUGGACUCCCCUGCAGGUUUUCAGUCCCACAGUCUGUGGUAACUGUACUUGUCCUUGGUGCUUGACUGUGUAAUGACGGGUCCUUGUUUGCACAGUAAGUAAUGAUUAGUUUGGGGAAAUCUGCUCCGUAGGUGACUCAGUAUUUGGAGAAAGGACACGGCUGAGUCGUGUUUGUGCAGAUUUCUGGCGGAGACUCUUGCAGCAGGAACAAAACAGUGAGUUUCUUUUGUAACUUGUUUUUCUGAACAUUAUGUGCACCAACUGGAAAUGAUCUGUGCUGCAGUGAAUGUUGAAAUGCUUUAAAUUCAUGCCUCUCUUUCCUCUCUCUGCAGUCGUCUCUGGUUUGUAUUUCAAUCAUGAAGUCCUGGUGUUUCUUCGCCUUCCUCUGGUCCGCCUACUUCUUCUGUAGCUCUCUGUCCUGCCCAGAACUCUGCCAAUGUUACCCCAGGAGAGUGGAGGUGGUCUGUAAUGAGGUCCCCCUGACAGACUACCCCUCUGAGAGUCUUCCUAAGGACACCACUCUGCUGACCAUCCAGUUCACCAACAUCUCCUCAAUCUCAGAGCGUCACCUUAAUGCCACUCCUCUCCUGGAGGGGCUCCACCUGUACAGCAACCACCUGCAGAACCUCUCCUCUCACCUUCUCAGAGGCGUUCCUCGUCUGAACACUUUGGACCUCACCGGGAACAAAAUGUCAGACCUGCCCGCAGACGUCUUCAGCCACGCCCCUCUCCGUAACUUGGUCCUGAAGAAUAACCUGAUUGAGAAAGCUGAAGCUGAUUGGCUCCCUGAAAACAGCAGCCUCAGCUGGCUGGACUUUUCAGGGAACCACCUGACAGAGGUGCCGACGGCUCUUCUGAAGAAACUGCCUCAUCUGGACAAUCUGGACCUGUCCAACAACCGCCUGAAGAAGAUCUCUGCUAAUUCUUUGGACCCUCUGACCAAACUGGAGAGGCUAAACCUGCAGAACAACAAGCUGGAGACCCUGCAUGAAUUCACUCUUCAGGCCACCCGUAACCUCACCUACCUCUUCCUCAGUCGAAACAAACUCAACAAACUCCCCCAGAACCUUUUUCAGGAGCUCACUCAGCUCAAGCUCUUAAGUCUGGAUGACAACCAGCUGAGCCACAUCCCUGCGGGUCUGCUGGACCCUCUGCAGUCUCUGGACGAGGAGGGGCUGGACCUGUCCAACAACCCCUGGCUGUGUGAUGGGAAGGUGGAGUACCUGUGGAGGUGGCUGACGAAGAACAAGGACAAGGUCUUCCUGCCAGACACGGUCAUAUGCGCCAAGCCAGAGUCUCUAGUGGGGCGUUCAGUGAUCUCACUGACAGAAAGCGAACUGGACCUUCAGUCUUAGAUGUUUUCAUGGUCCAGGUUCCUUGGUGUCAGUCUGCUGUGGGUGUGUAAUAAACCUGAACAUGAUUUCCACGUCUGUCUUUGUUUACGAUGGCAGAAGAUCAGCUGUGAAUUUUCCUCUGUUUUUGUUAAUAUUCAGCUCCAUCAAACUUCUCCAGUUUGUGGAUCUGCUCAGAGUCUGCAGCUUCAUGAUCUUAGCUUUAGACCCCAAACACAGGAACUGCUGACCCGUCCCCUCCCAGGGUUCUUCAAAGUCUCCAAAAUAAAUCUGUCCAUUAACAAACUUCUAAGAUGGUGGUCGGCGGAGCGCUGACAGAUCCCAACCAGUGACGUGUCCAAACUUAUCAAAACAGUUUCCACAAUUUAAAAGCUUCAGUCAGGAAUUUUUUUACGUGUCCGUUUUGAUUUCUGACAUUAAACAUUUGUCACAUUGGUCCA